AUGGAGACUGCUUCUACAGUACAAACAAUUGUGAAAGAAUGGCCACCAAGUCCAUCCAUGAAAUUCCCUUACUACUAAAUAUUCCAUGGUCAACUGUUAGUGGUAUUAUAACAAAGUGGAAGCAAGUAGGAACAACAGCAACUCAGCCACAAAGUGGUAGGCCACGUAAAAUGACAGAGCGGGGUCAGCGCAUGCUGAAGCGCACAGUGCAAGAAGUCACCAACUGUCUGUAGAGUCAAUAGCUAAAGACCUCCAAACUUUGCAUGACCUUCAGAUCAGCACAACAACAGUGUGUAGAGAUAUUCAUGGAAUAGGUUUCCAUGGCCGAGCAGCUGCAUCCCAG